UAAAUAUUCUUUAUCUCGACUCGAUCAGGCUGUAGCUGGCUCUGUCCAAUCUCAACAAUAAGUCGUCGCAUAGCGAUCAUGAAAGGCCUUUCAGAUCGAUCGCGUGCGAUUUCUUCAACCUUUGUUUUGCACAGGUUUAUAAUCUACGCUCCUUCGAUCGACUGUUCUCCAGGAACUCGUUUGCCCAAUAUGCCCGCCAUUCGACGCGGGAGUACAUACCUCGACGUCUCCACGACAGCGCACACACCGGAGGGGCGCUUGAAGCUGGAUAAACUUGGCGCUAGUCGCAAACUUGCGCAACAGAAUGCUGUCUGUACCGCUUUGCUAUUCAUUUGCGAUGAAAAUCGCAAUCUUGGUCCUGCAGAUACCUUGAGCGUAUCUUUCGAGGAGUUCAAGACUACAAUGAAAAGUCGCGCGAGCGCUGCUGACUUGAAGUUAGGUCCUUGCCAGCAUACUUACUUGCGGCGGGUGCUCUUAUUCUUCUGGGAGCAUGGCCAUAUCGACUUGACCUUUGCCCACAAUGGCCGUCAGCGGGAUGUGGUCCAACAGAUCGAAAUUCAGCCCAGUUUCUACGACAUGCAAGUACUUGUAUAUAAUUAAUCGAAGAUAUUCCUUCAUGCUGUUGUCUUCUGCUCUCUCACAGUUAUCGCGGCUUUCAGGAAGUCCUGGAUGGAUAUGGAACAUUAUCGGCUCGAGGAAAAU